ACUUUUACGACUAACAAGUUUUCGACAACGAACACGAGCUUAGUAGUAGUAGGUUGGUCAGUUUGGAAGAAGCCCUAUCGCCGACCACCCCCCGAAAGAGGUAAUGGGUCAAGUUUGGAGGGGAAGCCACGUGAAGAAACAGACAGUGCAGCCCCAAACCACUAAACCGAUGCGGACGACCUCAGAUGGCCGAAACGGAAACCGAUGUAGUAGUCGGAGGAGGAAACCCGGCGUUGAUCGACUCAGUAAGUUGCCUGACUCUGUGCUCCUUCAUAUUCUCUCUUUCUUACCAAUCGAAGACGCGAUCGGAACCGAGGUUUUGUCGAAACGGUGGAAAUCCCUUUGGACUUACUCGCCGUCCCUCAUUUUCCGUCAAUAUACUUAUGAUGAUGAUCCUGAAGACGAAAGACCAAUUUCUCACGAUACCUACACAGAAGAAUGGAUCGUUUUGGAAGAUCGCAACUUUGUUGCCUUUAUUGACAAAACCCUACUUCUUUCCAACUGCUCCAAGGUCGACAAGUUAGAGUUUGAUUUUCAAUACAAGCCGUGUUUGGCUUCCAUGGUCGAUUUGUGGGCUCGCUUCGCGGCAGUGAAAGGAACUGAGGAGCUUCACCUUUUAUUCCACGAUGAGAAUAUUUAUGCGGAUAAGAAUCGUCGUUACGAGUUGCCACAGCAUCUAUUUACGAAUUCGUUGUUUCGAGAAUUGAACUUCCGUAACUGCAGGGUAAACCCUAAAGGGAAUAUUGGCUGGAAAUCACUGAAGAAGUUGUCGAUUGGCGAGGUGAGGUUGAGGAAUGAGUUGCUAGAGAAGAUACUAUCGAGUAGCCCGGUGUUGGAGAUGUUGGAAAUAUAUUGGUAUGAAGGCUUCAGCCGUUUGCACGUCAAUAAUGCAAGUUUGAAGAAACUUAUCGUGAGAAGUUAUCAGGGUCCCACUCCCUCAUAUGAAGAAGAUGAAGCUGAAGCUGAACACAAAAACGAAGAAGCCGAUGCUGAAAAUGACAAUGGAGAAGAUGAAGCUGAAGCUGGUGGGGCACACGGUGCUGCAGAAGAUGCAGCUGAUGGCGGCAACGCGUUGGAAGGAGAUUUAGCAGAUGGGGAAAACCCUGCUGAAGAAGAUGAAGCUGAUGACUGGCACGGCUUUGAUCCGGAAGGGCUGGAAAUUUCGGCUCCUCAUCUCCAAUCAUUGGAGAUUUCUGGACGUCUAGCGUAGAACUGCCAGCUUAUAAAUGUAUCGUCUUUGGUUGACGCUAAACUCGCCUGCAACUUGAAAAGUGAUGGAGGUGAAGAAGAUGUUAUGAGGAUUCAGAAUGAGUUGGGAGGACUUCUCUCGAGCUUUGCUCGUGUGACGAGUCUCGCAGUAGGUACUUGGGCAAUGCGGGAACUAUCAUCCAUGGAAGCAAAAGGCGUGAGUUCUCCGUUGUUGAAUUGCACUUCUCUGACACUAGAGGCUUGGCUAGGGGAUGACGUCUUCCCUUGGAUAGCAACCAUGCUCGGGCUUUCACCGAAUUUGGAGACCUUAGUUAUGACCAAGCCGUCUUGCGGAAGUAAUACGAAGGAUGAACUUGGUAGCUACGAAUUACAGCACUACUGGACAUCCCAAAAGAGGAUCUUCAAUUGUUUGUCACUGCAUCUCAAAAAAGUUGUGUUUGCUAACUCAAGUUGGUUUGGCUAUGAAUCGAACUUCUUCUCUUUUGUACAAUUUCUUCUGAAGAAUGCAAAGGUGCUGCAAAAGGUUAUUAUCCAUACGUCAAUGCUAGAUACUGGAAUGCCGAAGGAAUUUUACGUUGCAGCUAACAAGUUGUUGACCUUUCCCAGAUCCUCUCCUGAUGCAGUAGUUAUGUUCUGCAAGUGAAAUGGACUACUAGAGAACUCCACUUUCUUGCUGAAACAUGCAGUCUUCUUAUGAUAACUAGUUUCACAUUCACUUUUUGCUUAAAGUGCAAAGAUGCUCAGACCGUUUGAUACUGGUGUUUCAAAGGGGCAGGUUGACGAUACAUAAAAAGUGUUAAUAUCUCAAAGGUCUCUAAAUUGAGCAAAAUUGUUACAGUUCUCUGAGACCCACUUGUGAGGGAGUAACUAUGUUCUCUUAGCGACACCGUGAGUUUCAUUUGAUGGAAUUGCAUAUAUUUCAGCUGUUGUUGUUGUGAGUUGUGUAACUAUGGAUGUGUCCCUAUGCAAAUGAGUAGUAUGCACGUUUAUUUAAUUUGUUUUCAGUAAACUGCCCAUUUGCUUC